AUGUCUAGCCCUGAGGCGGACGAGGUACUGUUUGCAUACAUAGCGGUAGCUCCUCAUGCUGUAAGCCUGGUACUGGUACGGGAUGAUAACGGAGUACAGCGACCAGUGUAUUACGUAACACGUGAGAUCUUGCGUUGGAAAGUCUACGUGGACGGCACGGCUAACCAAAAAGGAUCUGGAAUUGGGCUAGUUCUAAUAUCGCCCGAAGGUAUUGCCAUUGAAAAAUCGCUAAGAUUCGGGUUCUUGGCUACGAACAAUGAGGCCGAGUACGAAGCUUUACUUCAAGGAAUGAUGAUGGUUCAAAAAUUGGGCAGAAAGGCAAUGGAAGCGUUCUCAGACUCCAGAUUGGUCGUUGGCCAAGUGAUGGGUGAGUUAGAAGCUAGAGAUGCUAGAAUGCAAGAAUAUCUCAUUCGAGUCAAACGCCUGCAGUCAGACUUUGAAUCCUUUAACCUGACGCAUAUUCCUAGAACUGGGAACACACAUGCGGAUUCGCUGGCCACUUUUGCCACGUCCUCUGCACAUGAUUUGCCAUGA